AUGUCUCAAUCAACAGCCAUCCCAACCUCGACCUCUGUCGUGGAGUCGGCCGUCAUUCACGCCCCGCUCUCGCAUGCCUGGCACUUCAUCAAGCUUCAGGACUUCAGCAAAUUCUGGUCCGCAGUCACGAAAAGCGAGUAUGUCAAAGGUGCCAGCGAGGAAACGGACAUCGUCAAGUGGACGUUCAAGGACGGCACCGUGCUAGAAGUAAAGCAAGAGGAGCAUUCGACCAUCAACCACUACGUCACGUAUUCUGUCAUCACGUCGCAGCCAGAGCUCACGUAUACGAGCGUGUUAAGUACUGUUCGGUGCUAUCCCAUCACGAGUGGCGAGUUGGAGGGCUGCACGUUCGUUGAGUGGAGCGGGCACUUUUCGAGUGAUGCAAGCGCAGAGGUCAUCCAGGACGCCAAGUACAAGCGUCGCGAGGCGCUUGCGGAUCUCGCCAAGGCGGCAAAGAAGAUGUGA